AUGGAAUUGUCGAAAAUGUCAGACAUGACAAAGCUCCACCAGGCCGUGGCAGCAGGCGACUACAAUGCGGUGAAGAAGAUUUUGAAGAAAGGUCUCUGUGACCCAAACUACAAGGAUGUGGACUGGAGCGACAGGACGCCACUCCACUGGGCUGCGAUCGGAGGCCAAAUGGAGGUGCUACAUCUCUUGAUACAAUAUGGAGCCAGACCCUGCUUGGUAACUGAUGUGGGCUGGACCGCAGCUCACUUUGCGGCUGAGUCAGGCCAUCUGAAUGUCCUCAAGACUCUCCAUGCACUGCCCGCUGCCAUUGAUGCUGCCGACUUCUUCGGAGAUACACCCAAGAGGAUCGCACAGAUCUACGGGCAGAAAGCCUGUGUGGACUUCCUGGAGAAGGCAGAAUCAGAAUGCCGGGACCACCGCCAGAGAGGGCUGUUGCUUGAUGAACAGGACCCAGAUUGGGACCUCAAGAAAAGGGAGCUGGAGCUGUCUCUUCCUGCCCCAGAUUCAAACACCAACAAAAAGAAUAAGAGAAUCCGAGGCUCCACCAGGCUCAGUCAUUCCAAGGCCUGGAGGUUGUGA